CUUUUCAAAGAGUGUCAGAGAUUGAGAUUGAGAUUGAGCCAAGAAGAUGUUGAAGCAUUUAGUGUUAGUUAUUCUUUUGGCCGUUUUGGUUCAUGACCAUGUUCAUGAUGGCACUACUACUGUGGAAGCUGCAGGGGAUGGUUUUGUAAGAACAAGAGGCAUCCACUUUGUGCUGAAUGGGAACCCUUUUUAUGCAAAUGGCUUCAAUGCUUAUUGGCUUAUGUAUGCAGCUUCAGAUCCAUCUCAGAGGUACAAGGUCUCUUCAGCAUUCCAUGAAGCAACAAGCCAUGGCCUCACAGUUGCUAGAACUUGGGCUUUCAGUGAUGGCGGUUAUAGACCCUUACAAUAUGCUCCCGGAUUCUACAAUGAACAAAUGUUUAAGGGGUUAGAUUUUGUUAUAUAUGAGGCUAGGAAGUAUGGUAUAAAGCUGAUACUGAGUUUGGUGAACAACUAUGAGAGCUUUGGAGGGAAGAAGCAGUAUGUGAACUGGGCUAGAAGUAAAGGGCAGUACCUUACAUCAGACGAUGAUUUCUUCAGGAGCCCUCUUGUUAAGGGUUACUAUGCAAACCAUGUCAAGACUGUUCUUAACAGAUACAACAGUUUUACCGGUAUUCAUUACAAGGAUGAUCCAACAAUCAUGGCCUGGGAACUCAUGAAUGAACCCAGGUGCACUUCAGAUCCUUCAGGCAGGACUAUUCAGGCUUGGAUCACGGAAAUGGCUUCCUUAGUGAAGUCCAUAGACACGAACCACUUAUUGGAGGCUGGUCUUGAAGGCUUCUAUGGUCAAUCAACACCCCAAAGGAAGAGAAUGAACCCUGCUGGCUUCAAUAUUGGCACAGAUUUCAUUGCAAAUAACCGCAUCCCUGGCAUUGACUUUGCAACCGUUCACUGUUACCCCGACCAAUGGGUAUCCAAUUCGAAUGAGCAGUACCAACUCUCAUUCUUGAACAACUGGCUCAAUGCUCACUUCAUAGACGCGCAGUAUGCUCUGAGGAAGCCAAUACUUGUGGCAGAAUUUGGAAAAUCGUUCAAGGACUCAGGUUACAACACCUACCAAAGGGACCAGCUCUUCAGUACCGUGUUCUACAAGAUAUUGGCUUCUGCCAAGAGAGGAGGACCGGCAGCAGGAGCACUCUUCUGGCAGCUUCUCACGGAAGGAAUGGAGUCAUUCCAAGAUGGUUAUGGCAUAAUGCUGGGGCAGGGUUCUUCUACUGCAAACAUGAUUGCUCAGCAGAAUCACAGGCUGUACCUUAUUCGCAGGAUUCUUGGGAGGUUUGCGAAUAUACGGCGGUGGAAGAGGGCCAGGGGAAACAGAAGGUCUGGUGGAAAUGGGGGUGGAAGUUCAAGAAUGGAAUUGCCUCAGUUAUUGAAUUAGUGGAACCGCAUAUUCAAGGGUUUAAUGUGGAUUUCAGUGUUUUCUAUGGGACAUGUUUUAAGGAUUUUCGUUUGUUGAAUUGGUUUCUCUCUUAGAGAUGAAUCAGAAUCGGAAUGCUGUCCAUCCAGGAGGGUUAAACUAGUUAGGUAUAUGUUAUACAACUCUGGUUUUGGUCGUUUCUGCUUCUCCUGUAUAAUACUUAAGUGGUUCUUGAUGUUUUAAAUGGCUUGUACUUGCUUCUUAAGCAAAACCAUGAGAUAUAAAUGUAACACUGAUGUUAG